CUAUGGAAAGGAUGGGGGCGGUGAUGUCAUGAUGGUUAACUUUACCCAAUCCGUCUGCCCCGGUCCCGCACCAGUCAGCGGGGAACAACACAGUCUUUUUAUGUGACAGAAGAAAGCAGUAACUCCUCCCGCAGAAGUACGGGAAAACGGCUUUGUAUGAAGAAGCGUAACUUUACGCACAGGCAGCAGACAGUGGAUCAAACUGAACCCACAGACGUAGUAGUCUACAACCCACAGAGAACCCGUGGGGCUCUGAAGAAUAAGAAAAUGAAUCGGAGCUUAAGUAAAUCGCAGUCUUCUUUGCAGUAUCGUGCGACAGUGGAAGUGAAAAGCAAAUAUGGAGCAGAGUUCAGAAGGUUUUCCAUUGACCGCUCCAACCCUGGGGAGUUCCAAGAUUUCUACAAGCUCAUCCUGUGCCUGCACCGUCUAACCAGCAUUGAUGUCAUAAUUGGCUAUGCAGAUAUCCAGGGAGAGCUACUACCCAUCAAUAACGAUGACAACUUCUGCAAGGCCGUGUCCACUGCUCCCACCUUACUGCGGAUCUUCAUACAGAGACAAGAGGAAGUAGACGACAAUACCUUCUGCCCUAAUGCCACUGUGACACGCCGGAGGAAGGUGCCAGUGAUCCCUCUCCCACGCGGCGACGUGAACCGCAAAAGGCCCACGGUCCACAUCAGCAGGCCGCAAGACUUCCGUCCCAUCUCGUCCAUUAUUGACACAGAUUUCCUGCCCGCAUCUCAGCGCCGGGUGCGCCUUUACCGCCAGGGCUCAGAGAGGCCCCUGGGGUUCUAUAUCCGGGAUGGGACCACUGUGAGGGUGACUCCCCACGGCCUGGAGAAGGUACCUGGGAUCUUCAUCUCACGGCUGGUCCCUGGAGGCCUGGCUGAGAGCACAGGGCUGCUGGCGAUCAACGACCAGGUGCUAGAGGUGAAUGGGAUUGAGGUGAUGGGCAAGGUGUUAGACCAGGUGACAGACAUGAUGAUCGCAAACAGUCACAAUCUUAUCAUCACGGUGAAGCCGGUGAACCAGCGUAAUAACAUAGUGCGUACCGGCAGCUGGAUGUCGGGGAUAAACUCAGGCAGUGUCAGCUCUUUAGACUACCAUAGUUACCACAGCAUGCCCAUCUGUCAGAGUUACCACAGCAUGCCCAUCUGUGUGGGAGCCUACAGCUUCACUGAUGACGAGCUGCAGAGCGACGAGGACUUGGACAUUGUGAUUGAGAGAAGACUCAGAAACUCAUCCCGUCGCUCCAGUGCAUCCACCUCCACAGCCUCCCGUUCCCAGGCUUGGUCCCAGCCCCAGCAGAGUCCUAGGCCUUCUCCUAGGCUAUCCACCCGGCGCCCUCCCCGUCGGCCUUACUCUGUCAUCUCCUCAACCUCCUAUCACUCACAGCCCAGCCUCACUAACCUGAACCUCAGACUGAACCGAGACCUGACCCUGCAGCAGCACUAUGGCAGCAGCCCAGCCAUCAGGGAGAUGAAUGGAGGUGUGUUUAACCACAGCAGCCUGCUCACCCUGAGGACAGAGCUACGACGCAGCCUGGUGCUACAGAGGGGAGGGGUGGAGGAGGACGGAAUGGUCAUCACCUUGUGAUUCUACUGUCAGAUUCUAGAACACUACAAACCACAGGGCGAUGCUGGGGGGAGGACGGAAUGGUCAUCACCUUCUGAUUCUACAAUCAGAUUCUAGAACACUACAAACCACAGGGAGGGGAGGACGGCACAUAAAAAUGGCCAGAAUUAAGUGAAUGGUAUGGUAUAAAACACGUGUUUGAUGAAAUCACGUGUUUGAUGUUUUUGAUACCAUUCCACUCAUUCUGCUCCAGCCAUUACCACAAGCCUGUCCUCCCUAAUUAAGGUGCCACCAACCUCUUAUGCUACAGACACUGCCAGCCUUUGUUAUACCUUUUCUAUACUUGAGACUGAGGAGACGUUUGUUAUUGGCUGAGUCCCAAAUGACACCCCAUUUCCUAUAUAGCGCACUGCUUUGACCUGGACCCUGGUCACAAGUAGUGCACUGUAAAGGGAAUAGGGUGUUGAUGAUUCAUUGUGAAUUCAGGGAUCUGACCUUUAGAACCCACUUAAAUGUUGUCCCUCUCAGCGUCAGUCUCUCAGCACAUGUGAAACCACAAAGCGGAGCGCCUCAGCAUUUAAUAUGGAAAUAGUCAUGAAACACCAUUAUGUAUUAUUAGUAAAUCCAGUUUUGGCACUUGUUGUUAUACUGUGAAUGUACAUGUCCUUUAUAUGUACUGCUGAUGCAUUGAGUAGAGGGAAUGUAUUAUUAAAGCUACAGCACUGUUGUGGUUCUAUUAUGUCUCCCAAGUGGCACAGCGGUCUAAGGCACUGCAUGUCAGUGCUAAAGGUGUCACUACAGACCCUGGUUCGAUUCCAGACUGUAUCACAACCGGGCCGUGAUUGGGAGUCCCAUAGGGCGGCACACAAUUGGCCCUCAUUGUAAAUAAGAAUUUGUUCUUAACUGACUUGCCUGGUUAAAUAAAUAUGUCUAAUGCCAUUUAUGAGGAAUAAAUCCUUAACUAUCCCCUUACCAAAAUAUCAAGCCAUUACGUGUGUCCCAAUGUCAUUAUGAAUUGUAUCAUUAUGAACUGUGUCAUUAUGAACUGUGUCAUUAUGAACUGUGUCAUUAUGAACUGUGUCAUUAUGAACUGUGACAUAAUGAACUGUGACAUUAUGAACUGUGUCAUUAUGAACUGUGACAUUAUGAACUGUGUCAUUAUGAACUGUGACAUUAUGAAUUGUGACAUAAUGAACUGUGACAUAAUGAACUGUGACAUUAUGAACUGUGUCAUUAUGAACUGUGACAUUAUGAACUGUGUCAUUAUGAAUUGUGACAUGAAUUGUGACAUAAUGAACUGUGACAUAAUGAACUGUGACAUUAUGAACUGUGUGAGCCACUGGCAUUUGUUUUCUGUGAGUUUUCAGCCCUUUUGUCCACAGGCUUUGAUUAAAGAGUAUGUGGGCUAAAUAUCAA